UCAAUCUGGACUCCGACUGCCACAACCACCUUUGCAACCUCAUCCCCUCACCUCCACCACAACCAUUCUUGGUCGGUCCUUGGACGUCCAUCUUUUCAGUGGACUAUUAAUCGCUAGGACCGGCUUUUCACCACCAUGGCUUCACCAGCCUCUACUCGUCGUAGGGGUCGUCCAACCAGGGAUUCAUCGGCCACUGCUUCUCCCGCUCGCUCAACACGGUCUCGCCAACAACCCCAGACUAGCAGCCCGACUCCCAGGGCAGGAGAGGAGCAAUUGCAGACGACUCCCCGUGCAUCGCGUCGUCUACGAGGUGAAGAUGCGAUUCAAUCAUCCCCCAUGUUCUUUCAGACCUCCCCUACUGGCGGGAACAACAGCAGCGCAGAGACUCCAGAUUUGAGAAUGGAGGAGCCCAGCUCGCCUAUGAGGGCAUCUUCUGCCAUGGACGAGGGGGAAACUACUCCUCGUGGAAAUGGUCCAGCCAUGAGAGACUCAUCUCCGAUUCGAUACAUGUCCAGCUCCAGUCCAACACGUGGUCAAACUCGUCAAGGACUGCGUUCAGAUAUUCACAGCGAUAGUAGUGGGCUUUUCGUAUCUUCCAGGCCCGGCGGGGGCCGAGGCGUUUCUCGACGCAGUGACAUUCAUUCUGGCGGUUUUGGAUCCACACCAAAUCGCCGACGAAGAGUUUUUGUCGAUGGAAACGGAAUGCCUGUUGCGGAUGGCGAGCCUCGUUCAGAUGCAACCUUUUCGAAUAUCCAUCCUGGUACUUCGGAAGCAGAGGCCCUGGGUGGCAGCUCGACCCGUGUGAUUUGGGGUACCAACAUCUCGAUUCAAGAUUCCAUGUCCGCGUUCAAAAAUUUCCUUUACAACUACGCAACCAAAUACAGUCUUUGGGCAGAGGGUGCCACUGAGGAUGAGACCAGUCGGUUGGGAGAUGCGGCAGAACGGAGGGAAUAUAUCACCAUGUUAAACACCAUGCGACAGCUCGGUGUGACCAGCCUGAAUCUGGACGCCAAGAACCUCAAGGCGUAUCCAUCGACAUUGAAGCUAUGGCACCAACUCCACGCGUACCCCCAAGAGAUUAUUCCACUGAUGGAUCAGACCGUGAAGGAUGUUAUGGUAGAGCUUGCGAUCAAAGAGAUGGAGCAUCUCCGGACUCAGAACCAGCGUAACCAAACCCACGCAAGAGGAUUGAGCUCCGGUCCCGCGGCCCCAAGCUCUGAUGCUUUGAGCGAGACCGGUCGAAUGCCCCAGACGGAGAUUCCGGACCUUGUUGGUGAAGUUGAGACCAAGGCAUUCAAGGUUUUGCCAUUUGGCCUCGAUUCCACUGUGAACAUGAGAGAUCUUGACCCAGCUGAUAUGGACAAACUCGUGAGCAUCAAGGGUUUGGUCAUCCGGACAACACCUAUCAUCCCUGACAUGAAGGAAGCCUUCUUCCGAUGCCAGAUCUGCAAUCAUGGAGUUCAAGUCGACAUUGACCGUGGAAAGAUUGCGGAGCCUACUAUUUGCCCUCGGACCGUUUGCAAUGCCAGAAACUCGAUGCAAAUCAUCCACAACCGUUGCGCUUUUGCUGAUAAACAGGUGAUCAAACUGCAAGAAACACCUGAUAAUGUUCCCGACGGUCAGACCCCUCACUCAGUUUCGCUGUGCGUCUACGAUGAGCUGGUAGACGUCUGCAAAGCCGGUGACCGGGUGGAAGUCACUGGUAUUUUCCGCUGCAAUCCCGUGCGCGUCAAUCCCCGCCAACGUACACAGAAGACUCUCUUCAAAACUUACGUGGACGUUUUGCAUGUCCAGAAGAUUGAUCGCAAGAAGCUCGGAAUUGACCUGUCUACCGUGGAGCAAGAGCUGUCAGAGCAGGCAGCUGGUGAGUCAGAGCAGAUCCGCAAAAUCAGCGCGGAGGAAGAGGAAAAGAUCAAGCGAACUGCUACUAGACCCGACGUUUACGAGCUUCUGUCUCGAUCUCUGGCGCCUAGUAUCUACGAGAUGGAUGAUGUGAAGAAGGGUAUUCUACUUCAAAUGUUCGGAGGCACCAACAAGACUUUCCAGAAGGGAGGUAACCCACGUUACCGAGGCGAUAUUAACAUCCUGCUCUGUGGUGACCCUUCGACUUCCAAGUCCCAGUUGCUUCGUUAUGUUCACAAGAUCGCCCCGAGAGGUGUUUAUACUAGUGGUAAAGGUUCAUCAGCUGUUGGUCUUACAGCCUAUGUGACCCGCGACCCUGAAACUCGUCAAAUGGUCCUCGAGUCAGGUGCUUUGGUCCUUUCAGACGGAGGUAUCUGUUGUAUUGACGAAUUCGACAAAAUGAACGAGUCCACGCGGUCUGUUCUGCACGAAGUCAUGGAGCAGCAAACCGUUUCGAUUGCCAAGGCGGGCAUUAUCACAACACUGAACGCAAGAACUAGUAUUCUUGCUUCGGCCAACCCUAUCGGCAGCAAGUACAAUCCCAACCUGCCGGUCCCGCAAAACAUUGAUUUGCCCCCUACUUUGCUAUCCCGAUUCGACCUGGUGUAUCUUGUGCUAGAUCGCGUGGAUGAGCAGGAGGAUCGCCGGUUGGCAAAGCAUCUGGUCAACAUGUACCUGGAAGACAGGCCUGAUAACGCUAGCAAUGAGGAAGUCCUGCCUGUCGAAUUCCUCACGGCGUACAUUACCUACGCCAAAACCAAGAUUCACCCCAAGCUUACCCCUGCUGCUGGUAAAGCACUGUCCGAUGCCUAUGUCACCAUGCGUAAGCUUGGUGAUGAUAUCCGAUCCCACGAUCGCCGUAUCACGGCGACAACUCGCCAGUUGGAAUCCAUGAUCCGACUGUCAGAAGCCCAUGCACGUAUGAGACUGUCGCCUGACGUGACAGCGGACGAUGUGGAGGAAGCGGUGCGAUUGAUCCGGUCGGCCAUCAAGCAGGCAGCUACCGACUCCCGGACAGGUCUUAUUGACAUGGGCUUGUUGACGGAAGGUACUAGUGCAAGUGAACGGCGCCAACGCGAUGCAAUGAGGCGCGGUUUGCUGUCGGUGGUUGAUGAACUGAGCAAUACCGGAGGCGGGUCCGCUCGCUGGGCGGAUGUCUAUCGCCUUCUGAGUGAGCAGAGUAGCGUUGAGAUUGAUGGCGGCGAGUUCCAGCAAGUCGUUCAGGGCUUGGCGACCGAAGGCAUCGUGAACAUUCUUGGGGAUGGUGCGCGACGGAGCAUCCGCCGUGCUGAAGGAACGCGUUUGUAGACUCGGCAGGGGAGUCGAAUGAUGAGACCAUGACGCAACGGAAUAUUUAAUAUUUGGCCGGUGACUGGGAGGGAUGUGGAUUACUAUAUUGAUGUGCAAGCUGAACGAGAUUUACACUGUGAGGAACAGAAGGUGUUUGGUGUUGGCCAUGUUAUGUAUACAUCAGUAGCACUAAUAAGCGGACCUAGAUCCUGCAUGAAGAUGAAUCCAUGAUGAUAACUCAAUUUGAUAUCGCCAAUCCAUCGUUCGCGACAGAGCAAUACGAAU